CUGGCGCCACCCAGCGCAGCCCACCUCUAGUUUCGCCUAUUUCCCAGUACCGAGCAUGGUCCCACUAUUUGAAUUCCAAUAUUAUUUAUUAUUUCUUUGGAGGAACCAGAAUCAAAUAGUUCGCAAUGAGAUUCAUCCUGGCGGGUGAUGGUGUGUCUUCCGAAGUGGAUCAGGCUCAGAGUGGUGGCCACCAUCCAGGCGAGGAAGUGGCAGUCGGUGGCGGCACUGCAGCCGAUGUGCCGGCAGUGCGUGGCGGACAAGCCACUGUUGUGCCCGAUGACCGGAGGCGGCAGAUCGUGCAGCAGCUGAUGCUGCUCCUCCAUGCCCACCGGUGCCGCCAAGCUGAGUGCCCCGUGAACUAUUGCAGGGCGAUGAAAGGAGUGCUGGCCCACAUGAGCGCUUGUUCUCGAGGAACCGACUGCCCUGCGUCCCAUUGUGCCUCUUCCCGGAGAAUCCUAUUGCACUACAAGACCUGCACGAACCCUCAGUGCAUUGUUUGCUACCGUUUUCGUCCCCGGAACUAAAAGCACUUAAUGUGCAAUCAUUUCUACAUUACCAAAGAAAUAAACCAGAAGAUCCAAUAAAAAUCGUUAUUUGUAUCAACCUGCAAUAGCAAUAGAAAGAGCAUAACAUUUCGCUGGUGUAAUUUGUCCAUAGAAAUCGGGCUUAUCAUUAAGCUUCGACCCAGCUUAGGCUUGGAUGACUCACUCAAAUUCAUCAGAAACACCAAAUAUACUGCGACUAUACAUUUCGCAAUGACGUUCCAAAAUACCUAAACAUCAUUACUGAGCUUUACACAAACCUUUUUUUUACCGAUGUAGUAAAGGAAAUUAUAUCAGAAGAGGUUAUAAUUCAA